CUGCGCUGCGCUCCUCGGUUGCUGCGCGCGGUCGGCCGCUGAGCCUGUCCUCCACUGAGGCUCCGCGGCUGUACCUCGGCGACCCCCUGUGUUAGAGCGUCGGAGGCGGGGAGCUGCCUGGAGGCUCUGGCCGCCAACAUGUCACUGCCUCCGGAGAAAGCCUCGGAACUGAAGCAGCUCAUCCAGCAGCAGCUGAGCAAGAUGGAUGUCCAUGGCAGAAUAAGGGAAAUUCUUGCGGAAACAAUACGUGAAGAAUUGGCACCUGACCAACAACAUUUAUCAACAGAAGAUCUGAUCAAAGCCCUUAGACGGCGAGGAAUCAUUGAUGAUGUGAUGAAAGAACUUAAUUUUGUUCCUGACAGUGUUGAUCAAGAACUUCCUUCCUCUCCGAAACAUGCUGUUGGUUUUGAUAAACAAUCAACAUUUAAAAAAACUAAUAUUGAUCCAACACGGAGGUAUCUUUACCUUCAGGUUUUGGGUGGAAAAGCUUUCUUGGAACAUCUACAAGAACCUGAGCCUUUACCAGGACAAGUUUGUUCAACUUUUACCUUAUGUUUACAUUAUCGGAAUCAACGUUUUCGUUCUAAACCUGUUCCAUGUGCCUGUGAACCAGAUUUUCAUGAUGGCUUUUUACUUGAAGUACACAGGGAAAGCUUAGGUGAUGGAACUAGAAUGGCUGAUUCAACAACAAUGUUAUCAAUAAGUGAUCCAAUUCAUAUGGUAUUAAUCAAAACAGAUAUAUUUGGUGAGACCACUUUAAUAGCAUCUUAUUUUCUGGAAUGGCGAUCUGUUUUGGGCUCAGAAAAUGGAGUAACCAGUCUGACUGUGGAACUUAUGGGUGUAGGCACAGAAUCAAAAGUUUCUGUGGGAAUUUUAAAUAUAAAACUUGAAAUGUACCCAGCACUCAAUCAAACAUUAUCCCAAGAAGUAGUGAAUACACAGCUUGCCUUAGAACGUCAAAAAACUGCAGAGAAAGAACGAUUAUUUCUCGUGUAUGCUAAACAGUGGUGGAGAGAAUAUUUGCAAAUUCGACCCUCACACAACUCACGACUGGUUAAGAUUUUUGCACAGGAUGAGAAUGGGAUAAAUAGACCAGUGUGUUCCUAUGUCAAACCACUUCGAGCUGGACGACUUCUGGAUACCCCAAGGCAAGCAGCAAGAUUUGUUAAUGUCCUUGGUUAUGAACGCGCUCCUGUUAUUGGAGGAGGAGGUAAACAGGAGCAGUGGUGCACUCUGCUGGCCUUUCUCUGUAGAAACAAGGGAGAUUGUGAAGAUCAUGCUAAUCUUCUGUGUAGUCUUCUUCUUGGAUACGGAUUAGAAGCCUUUGUCUGUGUUGGGACCAAGGCAAAAGGGGUACCGCAUGCAUGGGUUAUGACUUGUGGAACUGAUGGAACCAUCACUUUUUGGGAGAGUUUAACAGGACACAGGUACAUCCACAAACCUACCAAUCCCGAUGAACCUCCACCUGCUGAACAGCCCAAACCAUUGUACCCAUAUAGAACCAUUGGUUGUGUUUUCAACCAUCAGAUGUUCCUGGGAAAUUGCCAACCCUCAGAUGCAGUAGAAACCUGCGUGUUUGAUUUGAAUGAUGAAUCUAAGUGGAAACCCAUGAGCGAAGAAGCAAUUAAGUCUGUGUGUGCUCCAGGAGCUACCACAUCCCUUCCUCCUUUCCCACCCCUGUGUGCAUCCACAAUUGAUGCAUCAGUAACAAGUAAUGAAAUAGAAAUGCAGCUGAGGCUCCUGGUGUCAGAACACAGGAAAGAUCUUGGCCUUACUACUGUUUGGGAAGACCAACUUUCCUACCUUUUAUCUCCAGCUUUGGCUUCUUAUGAAUUUGAGCGUACAACAAGUAUAUCUGCAGGCAAUGAAGAAUUCCAAGAUGCCAUAAGGAGGGCUGUGCCUGAUGGUCACACAUUUAAAGGGUUUCCGAUACAUUUUGUGUAUAGAAAUGCAAGGCGUGCAUUUGCCACUUGUCUCCGGUCUCCUUUUUGUGAAGAAAUAAUUUGUUGCCGUGGAGACCAGGUGCGACUGGCAGUUCGUGUUCGAGUAUUUACUUACCCUGAAUCUGCAUGUGCUGUUUGGAUCAUGUUUGCUUGUAAAUAUCGCUCUGUAUUAUAAGGUUGACAUUUCAAUUAGAACUGUAUCUGUCUCUUAUUUAAAUUUUUACACAUGGUACAUUAUUAGCUGUUUGAAUGUUUCUUAUUUUAAAACCACUAUCUUAUUUGGAUGUCAUAUUUCAUUUUUGUAUAGAGCUGAUUGAUAAUGCUUUAAAAAUCAUGAUGUAUUUACAAAGUAAGGAUAAAAAGCUUGUACAAAUCUUUAUUGUGUUUAGUAUGAAUUAAAUAGAUAUUUUAUUUUAAUAAAUGGUAUUUUAUUUUCAGGUACUCAAUAGUUUAUGAACAAAAAUAUACUUAGUUUUCUUUAUGCUAAUAAGUAAUCAAGGAGGUAUUUCUGUAAGGGUUUGGGUCAUAGUCAAAUCAAUGAUUAUUUUUCUUAGAUAAAUGAGAAUAUAUUAAACAAUUUAGGAGAAACUAGCUUUACAAUACCAUUACAUAAGUGAAAACACAUUUUGCUUAAUUAUGAUAAUGCAAGAAAAGCAUAAAUAUUAGUAACAAAGCACCUGAAAGUACACAAAUCAUUUAUAUAAAUAUUUAUAAGACUGAAUUGGGUAGGUACUUCAGAAAAUACUGCUGUAAUAUGUUGUGGGUUUUUCUGUAGUUAAUUUGUCUUUUGUUGCUGAAUCUCUCUGGUCAAAAAGAUUCAUUCUAGUCUCUCUGGCUUCCUUCUGAAACCAUAUUUUUUCUUUUUCACUGUGAUAAAAACACUGAUGUACACCAGGUGCCAAUGGCUCAUGCCUGUAAUCUU